AUGACUGCCGAAGCUGCGAAAAAGCUAAUCCAAGUUCUCUCUCUGUCGCAGGAAGCCAUUUCACAACACUCAUUGCCCCCGGAUCAAUCGAUUUCAUCAUGUCUCAGGAGAAGUGAUGUCAUGGCGAUAUUUGUUCCAGUGUUUGGCGCUGCUGCCUACUUGAUUCCUACCCCAUCUCGGUCGGGGGCGGAAGGUGCCAAGUCGUUGCGUGGAACUAUUCAUGCAUUCUGCUAUUAUUGUCGUGAGUGA